UCUCUCUUCCUAGAAACCCCAGCUGGUGGCCAGCAAUGACCGUUUCUGCCGCUUUCUCGAGGAAUAUUGCCCUGUUGUGACGGAAACUUACUAUCCCACGAUUUGGUGCUGGGAAGGUCGGGUACAGACACUCCUGCGUCCCUUUAUCACAUCUAGACCCCAAGUACAGUACAGGAAUGAGCUCAUUAAAACAGCAGAUGGAGGACAGAUUUCGUUGGAUUGGUUUGAUAAUAAUGACAGCUUAUACUAUCCGGAUGCCAGCACAAGACCCACCGUCCUGUUAUUGCCUGGACUGACAGGAACCAGCAAGGAAUCCUACAUUCUUCACAUGAUCCGUCAAAGUGAAACGCUCGGAUAUAGAUGCGUGGUGUUUAACAACCGGGGAAUUGCUGGUGAGGAACUUUUGACACCAAGGACUUACUGUGCAGCUAACACAGAGGAUUUAGAGGCCGUUAUUCAUCAUGUACACAGCUUGCACCCCUCAGCUCCAUUCAUGGCAGCAGGUGUUUCUAUGGGAGGUAUGCUUCUUUUAAAUUACCUGGGCAAAACUGGCAGAGACACUCCUUUAAUGGCAGCUGCAAUUUUCUGUGCGGGUUGGAAUGUUUUUGAAUCUGUAGCAUCACUGGAGAAGCCACUAAACUGGCUUCUUUUCAACUAUUACUUGACCACUUGUCUACAAUCCUCUAUCAGCAGGCAUCGACAAAUGUUGGAGAAGUUAUUUGAUAUGAAUCUUGUGAUGAAGGCUAGAACUGUUAGAGAAUUUGAUAAGCAGUUCACUUCAGUCAUGUUUGGCUACCGUUCUAUUGAUGAUUACUAUGAAGAUGCUAGCCCGUGUCGCAAGCUGAAGUCAGUAGGAAUUCCAGUGUUAUGUCUAAACUCCAUGGAUGAUGUUUUCUCACCAGGUCAUGCUAUACCAGUAGAAACUGCCAAACAAAAUGCAAACGUUGCUUUGGUUCUGACUUCGUGUGGAGGCCAUAUCGGUUUUCUGGAAGGAAUAUGGCCAAGGAAGUGCACUUACAUGGACAGAGUCUUCAAGCAGUUUGUGCAAGCUAUGUUUGAGCAUGGAAAUAAAAUCUUUAGCAUGUAGCUUUGGACCGCUAUUAUAGCACAGUGACACAUUCUGACAAGGGCAGUUAAGCUUAGUGCACAAAUUUUAACUCCUGUAAGCCAGCAAAUGGAUAAAGUCCAUUACUACAUGCAAAACUAUUUUUGCCUCAGAUUUUGUAGCAAGAAACUAAAUAUUAUGUUGUCACUUUUAUAUUUAUUUUUAAUAUGCCUUACUAAGAAUGACCUUAAAUGAAACAGCAUUCUGCAUACAUCAAAUUGCACUUAACCAAAACUAUCAAGUAGAGAGAUUAUAAUUCCUCAGGAUUUUAAUUUAAACCUGUAUGUAUUUAGAAGACUUAAUUUAGACAGCUUUUAAUAUUAGAAUGGCGACACUCAAAAUAGCUAAUAUUAUCCUGUCACGUAGCGUACAAGUUGGCCCAUUCCUUAG